ACGUGAAUCGGAUGUAAACGCGAUGCAAAGUGAUCAUCGAACGAUUUCUGUUGAGACAGGAGUAAAUCGUACGGUAGUUUAAACGUUUUGUUUGCGCUAGCUUUCGAAUAACGACGACAUCGUACAUACAAGUCUCUCAAACGACACGAAUCGCGAGAAUUAAGCAUCUCGUAACUUAUCCGAUUCGACAAAAAUUACUCUGUUUGCAGAUCAUAGUGUCGUGCUCGUGCUAUUUCAUUAGCACAUUGGAUGCGAGCCGUGAUUUUUUUAAGUAGCGAAGGAUCAAAAAAUGACGGAAGAAAUAAUACUCGGUUUGAUUAUGAAGAUAGAUUGCUGCAGAUCUUCUCGUCGCGUGGUCGCACAAUUAUGCUAAUCACGUAUAAAUCACGCCGCUUCUCCAUGCAUAAUUCCAAGAUGAAUGGGAAAGAAGCUCUCGAUCGAGCACUUUCAGCCAACGGAGAUAUUCUGCUAAAAAUACAACACCUGCGAGCAUACGAAAGAUCACCACCUGUAGUGAAGAUCUUUCUGAAGGAUCGUCCACGUAGUGAUCCUUGAGUGGAACAAGUGUCGAAGAGCUGUAAAUGAGCAGUCACGAAGACAAUAGGAGGGGUGACCGACGUCCACGCUUCUCCUCAUCCACCCGAUGGCGAUCGUGCAAGCGAAGCUCCGGACCGAACGUUAUAUAAUUGUGGCAGAUUACUUUCAGCGUUGGUCACAUGCAUGCUGCCGCACUCGGCCGUGCUUACAAACGUUCUCCCGCAGUGGACAUUCGGCCAUCGAACGACCAAAGCGUCACAGCCACGAGGAUGGAACAGCAUCGAGGAGAGAAUACCAGGAUCACGUGGAAACGUCUCAAAGAUCUUCUGUUGGAUCUUCAUUUAAAUUCAGAUCGUGUGUUUUACUGGAUCGGCUUAAGUAUUGGGAAGAGGCCUUGGCUGUGGUUGUUAGUGUGCUUCUGCAUAAACUGUAUCUGCGCACCUGGACUGUACUUCUGGAGAGAAGAGUUCGAUGACAUCGAGCUCUUCGUGCCUGAUGACUCCGUGAUACGCAAUGACGCCGCCUGGGUGAAAACACACUUCCGGGACGAUUUCCGAUACGAAAGUAUCAUCGUCACGGCCCCCAACGUUUUGGAGCCGGAAGUGCUGCGCUCGAUUAACAAGAUAGAGCACGCAGUGAAAUCUAUCGUGGUGAAUAAUAACACAUGGGAAGAUGUGUGUGCAGGAUACUUCACGUGGUUCAACAUGGACAAUAAGACGGACAUAUUUGAGGACCUUGAGGUCACUGCAGACAUCUUGAUUGAAUUGAACAAUACGGUGCUAAAAAAUGGAUGUAUAUAUCAAUCUAUUAUACAACUUUGGGAAACCAGUUUAAUGAAAGAUGUUCGUAAUUUGACGAAAAGAGAGGUGCUUGAUGAUGUGACCAAAGCAAUCAGACAUAAAAUCAACGGUACUAUUUUAUUAGAUGUUGCACCUUUGCUUUCGGGGAUUUUCUAUGACAAAAAAGGUCGAGUAAAAGGUGCCAACGCAACUAUUCUUAAUUGGAUGUUGAAGAAAUCGAAUCUAAAUUCAGCUAACUGGGAAUUAGAGUUCAUAAACCGUGUUCUUCAUUCGAACAUUACGUUUCCUCCAGGAAUGGAGAUAUAUGCAAUAGCUUCACGAAGUUACAUAGACUCUCUGCAUCAAAUACUGAAUAGUAAUCUAACAGUAUUAUGCUGUGGAAUCUCUUUGAUAGCAAUUUAUGUAAUGGUGAUGAUCGGUAAAUGCAACGCGUUGGAACAACGAAUUUAUUUGUCGAUAAUGGGGGUGUUUGUAGUUGGUCAAGCGAUUUUGUCCUCUUACGGAGUAUGUUAUUAUUUGGGUUACUCCUACGGGCCUAUACAUUCCAUUCUUCCAUUUCUGUUACUUGGUAUAGGCGUCGAUAAUAUGUUCGUGAUCAUGCAAAGUUUGGAAAGUCUUUCAGAAACUGACGAAUCUACAGAUAUACCAACGCGUAUUGCUAAAGCUGUCCAACAGGCUGGUAUGUCGAUCACAGUGACAUCCUUUACAAACAUAAUUGCAUUUGCCUUUGGUAUUACAACUGUGAUGCCGACUCUCAGAUCUUUCUACGCAUUCGCUACGUUAGGAAUCCUAUUUUUAUACAUAUAUGAAAUUAUAUUCUUCGUGAGCUGUCUUGUAUACGAUGAAAAGAGGCUCGAGACUCGUAAAGACGGUUGCUUUUGUCGGCCUAAACUAAAUUGGAAACCCAACGAUUGCAGUCAAAGGAACACUCAACAAAUUAUUUUUGAAAAUUAUAUUGGUUUGGGAAUCACUAAAAUUACGACGAAAGUAAUUAUCCUGCUAAUCACUGCUGGCUUGUUGUGCGUUAAUACAUGGGCAGUGUUUCAAUUGGAGCAAAAUUUUGAUCCACUUUGGUAUUUAAAUCAAGACUCCUACCCCAUUCAGUUCAACAAUAAAUUGAAACAGUAUUUUCCGAAAUAUGGAAAACGAGCAGCGAUUUACAUGACCGGCGUGGAUUACUACGGAGACCGUACAUCUCUUUUUCAAUUGGUAGAAGUUCUAAGACAUAAUCAGUUCAUUAACAAUAGCACCCUUGAUCCAUGGUUUAUUGCCUAUGAGGAAUGGCUUAAUGUUACUAACAAAGGUGAUAUUGAAAGCAGAGAAGAAUAUUAUAAUAUUUUAACUGAAUAUUUACUUUUAACGAAAGAAGGUCAAGCAUAUAUUAAGGAUAUCAACUUCGAUAAAUUACCGGCUGGAGAAUAUAAUAUAACGACGUCACAAAUUCCUAUACAACACAUUAUGAUCAAUACAACAUCAGAACAAAUACAAGCAAUGCAACUCGUCAGGGAAUCGGUUCAAGCAACGAAUUUCUCUCAUGGACCUGAUUACAUAGCAAUAUUUUCGCCUGAUUACGUUUCAUGGACGGCGAACAAAGUCAUAGGAGAAGAAUUGACCAGGAAUUUGGGUCUAGAAAUAGUAACCAUCGGAAUAGUAAUAUUGAUAUUCCUUAGAAACUUACGAGCAUCAUUUUGGGUCAUUUGUUGCGUAUUCUUUACACUUAUUGAUUUAUUAGGUACUAUGUACUUUCUGAACUUAACCAUUGAAAUGUCUUCGAGUAUCAUGAUUCUAUUAUGUGCGGGACUGGCGGUCGAUUAUGCCGCGCAUAUGGGAUUAGAAUUUGUACGCGCAAAGGGCAGUAGAGCAGAACGUGCGAUAGCUACACUUUCUAUUAUUGGUCCAGCUGUAUUUAAUGGAGGUUUAAGUACGUUCUUAGCAUUCGUUUUGCUAGGUUCUAGCGAAGCUUAUUUAUUCAAUACCUUCUUUAAGUUAUUCACGUGUGUAGUGAUAUUCGGUCUGUUUCAUGGACUGUUAUUCUUACCAGUAAUCUUAAGCAUAGUGGGUCCUAAGGAGAGAGUAAGCAAAGAAAAAAAAGAAACUGUAGUAAGAGAACACAAUGGAUAUUGUAAUGUUCCUCUAUCUCAAAGUGAGAAAGUGAUUUCUACUGUUUCAGAAGCAGGGAUUGGUACUGCUAAAUAAAAUUUGACAAUGUUUUAAAGACUGCUUAGAUAAGUAUUUGGUUACAAGAUUUUAGAAUAUAAAUUACAAUUACAAACAAUGCACAUGUACUGUAAACAAGUUUGUACAUUCUUUGUUAAUUCUUACUUUUAUAAAAAAAAAAAAGAAAAAUGUACCAUUCAAAAUAA